AGGUGAUUGGUUCUUCUUCCUCUUGCUGGAAGCCAUGGUGAGUAGGCUCAAGAUACACUCUGGCUUGCGUUUGUGGGAAUUCCCUGAUCAGUACGUCAUCGAGCCAACCGAUGGUUCCUCCGCUUCAUGUUUGGAUAUUAGUCGUCUUGACGGCUCCAUGAAGCUCAUUGAUCAAGUAGCAGAAUGCAACUCUUUGCGUGUCCCUAAAAUCCGCUCCAUUUUCGGUGUGGUUGGGAUGCUGAAGCUCCUGGCAGGAUCCUACUUAGUAGUUGUGACAGAGAGCGAAUCUGUUGGCUCGUUUUUGGGACAUCCUAUAUACAAAAUUAAUUCGCUCAAGUUUCUUCCAUGUGAUCAUUCACUUGAAAACCCGCAUGAAGAACAGAAAAAGAUGGAGACUGAUGACUACUCUAGGCUGCUAAGUGUCGCUGAGAGGACAACUGGUCUCUACUUCUCAUAUGAAAUUAACUUGACUCUCACUGCACAGCGCUUGCAUGAUUUGGGUGAUGAGUCUAAGUUGCUUCCUUUGUGGAGACAGGCUGAGCCUAGAUUUCUAUGGAACAAUUAUAUGUUAGAAGUUCUUAUCGAUAAUAAGCUUGAUCAGUUCUUGCUUCCUGUAAUUCAAGGGAGUUUUCAUAGUUUUCAAACAGCCAUUGGAAGAGAUAUCGUUGACAUUACUCUGAUUGCUAGGAGGUGCUCUAGAAGAAAUGGUACACGCAUGUGGCGACGAGGAGCUGACCCUGAUGGUUAUGUUGCUAAUUUUGUGGAGACUGAGCAAAUUGUACGCAUGAACGGAUACACAUCAUCCUUUGUUCAGAUUAGAGGAUCCAUGCCUUUUAUGUGGGAGCAAAUUGUAGAUCUGACCUACAAGCCCAAGUUUGAGAUUGUCCAACCUGAAGAAGCUGCGAGGAUAGCUGAGCGUCACUUUCUCGACUUAAGGAAAAAAUAUGGAUCAGUUUUGGCGGUUGAUCUUGUCAAUAAGCAUGGAGGUGAAGGGCGCCUAAGUGAGAGGUUUGCAGGUGCUAUGCAGCACAUCACUGGUGAUGAUGUAAGAUACCUGCACUUUGAUUUCCAUCACAUCUGUGGCCAUAUUCACUUUGAGCGCUUAGCAAUUCUGUAUGAGCAGAUGGAGGAUUUCCUCGAGAAAAACGGGUACUUUUUGUUGAAUGAAAAGGGUGAGAAAAUGAAGGAGCAGCUUGGUAUUGUGCGAACCAACUGCAUAGAUUGCUUAGACCGUACUAAUGUCACCCAGAGUAUGAUAGGCCGAAAGCUGUUGGAACUUCAACUCAAAAGGAUUGGUGUUUUUGGUGCCGAAGAGACCAUACGCUCGCAUCAAAACUUUGACGAAUGCUAUAAGAUAUUGUGGGCUAAUCACGGUGAUGACAUUAGCAUUCAGUACUCCGGCACUCCUGCACUUAAAGGAGAUUUUGUCAGGUAUGGUCAAAGGACUAUCCAAGGAGUCCUUCAAGAUGGCUGGAAUGCCCUCGCACGCUACUACCUGAACAAUUUUGCUGAUGGAACUAAGCAGGAUGCAAUUGAUCUUGUGCAAGGACACUAUAUAGUUGCUGUGAGCCGAGACAUGGCUCCUGUGCCUCGAAAGCGAGGUCUUGAGGCUGUAGCUAACUUUCCAGUGGCUUUGACGGUGAUUCUGAUCAGUUUCUGGUUUGCAACAAUGUCUGUGAAACAAGUUGGGAGUGGUUAUAAGCACUUGCUUUUCUCACUGGUUUGGGCGGGCAUCAGUGUAGCUGUCGCGGCACUCGUGAGGGCCAAUGGCCGUAUCUUCUGCAACCGGCCUAGUCUGCACAAGCCCAGAUCUUGA